AUGUUCAAUUUGAAGCAACCCAAAUUUAACAACUCGAUAUCCCGCCUUCUUCAAGUCCAACGUCAAUUUGCAAUGGCUCCUGUACAACAACAAAUCGCUAAACACUACGACUACCUCGUUAUUGGAGGUGGUUCUGGAGGUGUGGCCUCGGCCCGCCGUGCUGCUCAAUACGGAGCAAACGUGCUUCUUGUCGAAGCUAAGUACAAACAACUUGGAGGAACAUGUGUCAAUGUGGGCUGUGUUCCCAAAAAGGUCAUGUGGUACGCUGCUGAUAUGGCUCACAAGAAGGAGCAAUUGAAGGCCUAUGGUCUCACUGAAGAGAAGCUUCACACAAACUACGGAGACUUCCAAUGGAAGAUGUUCAAGGAUAAGAGAGACGCCUAUGUCAAGAGACUCAAUGGCAUUUAUGAGAAGAAUUUGGAGAGAGAGAAGGUCGACUAUGUCUAUGGUUACGCUGCCUUUGCUAACGAGAAUGGUGAUGUAGAGGUCACUUUAUCUGCUGACCAGGAGAUUCCGUUCUUGUCCGCUUCGCACAAAAAGAAUGAGAAAUUGGUCUUUUCGGCCGACAAAGUGCUCAUUGCUACUGGUGGUGAGGCCAUCAUUCCUCCUUCCGUGGAGGGCUCCGAGUUGGGAAUUACAUCUGACGGUUUCUUCGAGCUCGAGACCCAGCCUAAGUCUGUUGCAAUUGUUGGUGUCGGCUACAUUGGUGUUGAGCUUGCAGGUGUCUUCACUAGUCUUGGAACCAAAACCGAUUUGGUCGCUCGUGGUGACACUGUGUUGAGAGCUUUCGACGACAUCAUCCAAACCACAAUUACAGACUACUAUGUGGACAGAUUGGGUGUGAAUGUGAUCAAGAACUCUGGAAGUGUCACAAAGGUCGAGGCCGCAGGUGACAAAAAGAAGGUUUACUUGGGAAAUGGCGAGGUCUUGGAAACUGACGUUUUGAUCUGGACUCUCGGUAGAAAAGCUUUGCUCAACAUGGGUAUCGACAAGGUUGGCCUUGAGUUGGGUAAGAAGGGUCAUAUUGUUGUAAAUGAGUGGCAGGAGACUUCCCACCCUAAGAUUUAUUCUUUGGGUGAUGUGGUUGGAAACGUUGAAUUGACUCCUGUUGCCAUUGCAACUGGUCGUAAAUUGUCCAACAGACUCUUCUCCGGCAAUGAGGUCUAUGCUCAAGACAAAAUGGACUUCAGCAAUGUUCCAUCUGUCGUAUUUUCCCACCCAGAGGCUGGAUCCAUCGGAUUGACUACGAAACAAGCAAUCGAGAAGUAUGGCGAGGAGAAUCUUAAAAUCUACAACACUAAAUUCACUCCUAUGUUUUAUGCCAUGAUGGAAACUGAUGCCGACAAGUCCCCAAUUGCCUACAGACUUAUUUGUGCUGGUCCAGAGGAGAAGGUCGUUGGUUUGCACUUGGUUGGUGACUCUUCUGCAGAGAUUUUGCAAGGUUUUGGUGUCGCCAUCAAGAUGGGUGCCACCAAGGCUGACUUCGACAGUUGUGUUGCCAUUCACCCAACGUCCGCAGAGGAGCUUGUCACUUUGAGAUAG